CAUUCAUCUGCCCGACUACGCGCUUCUUUGCCCAUCUUCACCAUCAGUACGAACCUUGACCUCAAUCAUCCCUCUCCCAAUCCACGCGCAUCUUCCCAACACUCACAUUGUCAAACCGGCGCAGAUCGCUAAACGCCAGACCUCUUGCCUUUCGCACUACAGUGCUUCGCGCCAACAAUCGGUGCGCCUCGGUCCUUGACCCGCCACCAUCACACUCGCAUACACACGCGAUCCGACGAGCUGGGUCCAACGCCUCGCACCUGUCCUUCUGCUGGUCUUCUAAAGGGGCAAGGUCGUCCGCAGUCGACGCAUCUCUAGGAUGCAAGGUGCCAUCGCUUCCUCCUCGCAGGUCACUCUCCUCGCGUCCGACGUCGCCUCAUCGCAUCAUCACAUCAGGAAGGCCGAACGAACACCUUUGCGCCAGCGCAAGAGCCCCCGAAGCAUGAGCUGGUCUGCUAUCGUGCUCGCUUGUCUCGCGGCGGUGGUGCUUUCGGCCCAGCCCUCGUCUGCGCAGUUUCAGAAUGUGACGAGCCUUGCGGGAACUUGGGCUAGCGGAUCUGGAAAUGUCCUCACUGGAUUGGAAUUCUUCAAUCCGAUCGCGAAAAAGUUCACAGUGCCCAGGACGUCGGGAAUUGCCUACUCCUUCACAAAUGAUGGCUUCUUCGAGACAAGCACCUACACCUACACGUCCAAUUCUGCGAACAACAGGUGCUUCAGGGCAGCGCUGACCUGGCAACAUGGAUCUUACACGUUCAACCCGAACGGUUCCAUCAGCCUGACUCCUUUCGCUCCAGAUGGCUACGUGCAAGUAAUGGAUCCUUGUGCAGGCACGAGCGUGGCGCAGUACCAGUAUAAGCAAUUCGAAUUGAUCCCUCAGUGGUACAAUUACUUGGAUCCGAAGCCAGGCUUUUUGCCAGAAGGACAGACAGCGUACGGUAUGAAGAUGUUCAACGAUGGUGGUGGCGGGGAGGCUGGUGCUCCAAAGCCCAUCAUGUGGUUGGUGCGAAGACCACCCAACAUGUUGCCAACGCAGCAACUUUACCAGGAGGUGAUCAUGUAGAACACCUUGGGACAGUACAGUAAAUUUGGACAUACAUUUCUCGCAACGAAGAAGCUCUUCAAACCAUCCACUCUCGAUUACUGCCAGCUCGCAGGCUCAGGCAUUGCUUGGUCCAAGCGCACAGCUUCUCUUCUCCUGCGUCACCACCCCCUUCUAGACUUGCCACUUCCAUCAGCAAGAAGCGCUUUGCCUAUCUUUCUGCAAGCUCGAGGCUCCGCUCGGCGUUCAAGGGUGAUUAGGCCAGGUAAACACAGACGCGACCUCGAGGCGCCGCCGCCGUGUGCAUCUGACAACAAGGAAACACGCCUGUCUCCUCCCCUUUCCACAUCCACAUUCACCCUCACCUCUCGUGCUUCCCUGACACUUUUCCCUCACCUGCCCCGGCCCGCUGCUGGACAAUACGAUUCGAUGACUCGUGUG